GAACAUUCCACACCCUGUUAAUUCAAUUAAUUUGUGUCAAUCAUACUGGGCCAAACAAGGUCACCAAUAUCCACUAGCACCUGUCUGGAGUUUAUAAAAAAAAGUAAUCCAGUGACUUGGAGGAUAAACUAGAAGAAGGUGGAGGAUAUCUAGAGCUUAUUGGAUCAAGUCUCAGAGAUGGACUUCCAGCUGAACAGACCGGAACAAUGUGAUUUUGAGGAAGUGGCUGUUUACUUCUCCGAGGAGGAGUGGGACUGUUUAAGUAGAGAAGACAAGGAGCUUUACAGAGAUGUGAUGAUGGAGAAUUAUCAGACCCUCCGGUCUCUGGGGAGGAUUCAUAUAAUGCCUUUCAUCAUAUCCGUGAUUGAGCAAGGGGAAGAGCCGUAUGUGAGGAAUCCUCUGCAGGAUAGUCUUUUGAAUGCUGGCCCAGGUUGCUCCAUCAGCAGAAGUUAUCCUGAAGGACAUGACAAAACCAGAAAUACAUUAAGCAACUCCAACUCUCAAGAAUCAAUGAAUCCCUCAGAAUCUUAUACGUGCCCAAAUGAGAUGGUAAACGAAGGAACAAAACAUUUCCCAUGUGCUGAAUGGUGGAAAUGUUUUAGCUGUUAUUCAAAAUGUGUUGUACAGCUUAGGAAUAACCCAGGAGAGAAACUUUUCUCAUGUUCUGAAUGCGGGAAAAGUUUUAGUUCUCACUCAAACCUUGUUAGACAUCAGAUAAUACACACAGGAGAAAAACCUUUCUCAUGUUCUGAAUGUGGGAAAUGUUUUAGCCAGCAAGCAGAUCUUGUUUCACAUGGGAGAACGCAUACAGGAGAAAAACCUUUCUCUUGUUCUGAUUGUGGUAAAUAUUUUAGCCAGCAAUCAACUCUUAUUAGCCAUCAGAGAACUCACACAGGAGAGAAGCCGUAUUCAUGUUCCGAAUGUGGGAAAUCUUACAGUCAUAAUUCACUUCUUGUUAGACAUCAGAGAACUCACACAGGAGAAAAACCUUUCUCAUGUAUUGAUUGUGGGAAAUGUUUUAUCAGUAAAUCAGAUCUCGUUAGACAUCAGAAAACCCACGCUCAAGAAAAACCUUUCUCAUGUAUUGAAUGUGGUAAAUGCUUUGUCAGUAAAUCACAUCUUGUGAAUCAUCAGAGAAAUCACACAGGAGACAAACAGUUCUCAUGUUCUCAAUGUGGGAAAUGUUUUGGCCGUAAAUCAGAUCUUGUUGCACAUUGGAGGACUCACACAGGAGAAAAAUCUUGCUCAUGUUUUGUGUGUGGAAAAUCUUUUUUCAGUAAAUCAGAGCUUGUAAAACAUGAGCGAACUCACACAGGAGAAAAACCUUUCUCGUGUUCUGAAUGUGGGAAACGUUUUAGUCAGCACUCAAAUCUUGUUACACAUGGGAGAACUCACACAAGAGAGAGACCAUUCUCAUGUUCUGAAUGUGGGAAAUGUUUUGUCAGUAAAUCAACUCUCCUGGCACAUGGGAAAGCUCACACAGAAGAGAAACCUUUCUCAUGUUCUGAAUGUGGGAAACGUUUUAACCAGGAAUCACAUCUUGUUAGCCAUGAGAAAGAUCACAUGAGAGAGAAACCAUUCUCAUGUUCUGAUUGUGGGAAAAGUUUUAUCUGUAACUCAAAGCUUCUUCUGCAUGCUAGAGUUCACACAGGUUAUAAACCGUACGCAUGUUCUGAAUGUGGGAAAUGUUUUAGCCAAAAACCACAUCUUGCUAGCCAUCUAAAAACCCACACAAAAGAGAAAUUUCGUACUCUGAAUGUGGGGAAUGUUAUAGCCAACUCUAAGGUUUUAUGAAGCAUCAGUGGAUUAAUGUGGGAAUAAUCAACUUAUUGAAAUGUGAGACAUCCUUAAACUGUAACUCAAAUUGUAUUUACCAUCCAGAGUCGCACACGAUAGCAGAGAAUG